UAAUAUCGUAAGAAAGAAAAAAAAGUGGUUGAUUUGACUAUUGUAGUGAAACAAAUUUGAAACGUUCCAGUCUGAAGUGUGUAGCUAGCUCGAUAUAACUGUCAAUCUGGGUGUAGAAAUUUAUUUGUAAUUUUCACCGGUUCUUUAGUUCAAUUACCGAAUGUAUUAGACAAUAUUUGAAUACCCGUUUGAUGCAAAAUAAUGUUAAUUAGUGUAUAUGGUGUAUAAAAUAGUGAAAAAAUGGAUGACGGUGCGAUCAAAAUUCAAUCUGGGAUUAACAUCAACAUCAAAAGAACAGAUGGCCGCAUACACUCGGCGAUCGUCUCCGGGAUCAACCUGGAGACGCGCUCGGUGACGGUGGAGUGGUACGAGCGCGGCGAGACCAAGGGCAAGGAGGUGGAGAUCGACGCCAUCCUCGCGCUUAACCCGGAGCUCUCGGUGGGCACGAGACACACGCCACACUUACAGCCCAUGCCUAAUAAAUUAGCCAGGGAUCCGUCGGGCUCCUCGUCGGACGAUGGCGGCUUCCUGCGCGAGGGAGGCGAGGGCGAAGGCACCGGGGACUCCGGCCACACGCUGCCCGUGCGCAACUCACGAUCGGAUAUGACGCGACAGUCUAUACCAGUGGCUACAAAAGCGCCUACCAGAGUCACCCGCAACAAUCAGAUGCGGGUGUCGAACGUGGGGGGCGCGUACACGAACGGCCACGGCGGCGACACGACCGGGCGGCGCGGGGCGGAGAACGUGCCGCCGCCGCAGCCGACGCCGCAGGCGCAGACCAACACUAGGGUCACGCAGCAGUUCAAUCCGCCGGUAUCGUCCGCCCGGCCGGCGGCGGUCGCCAGCGCGGUGUCGGUGCCGCACGCGGUCGCGUCGGGCGCGGUGCGGCGCUCCAACGUGGUGAAGGAGGUGGAGCGGCUCAAGGAGAACCGCGAGAAGCGGCGCCAGCGGCAGGCCGAGCUCAAGGAGGAGAAGGAGGCACUAAUGAACAUGGACCCCGGCAACCCGAACUGGGAGUUUCUCGCGAUGAUACGCGAGUACCAGAGCAGCAUCGAGUUCCGGCCGCUGAUCGGCAACGAGCCGGUGGAGGACCACCAGAUCACCGUCUGCGUGAGGAAGAGGCCGCUGAACAAGAAGGAGAUCGCUAAGAAGGAGGUGGACGUGAUCAGUGUGCCGACGAAAGAUCAAAUGAUAGUCCACGAGCCGAAGAACAAAGUUGACCUCACUAAGUAUCUGGAGAAUCAGAAAUUUCGCUUCGACUACGCCUUCGACGACUCUUGCACUAACGAGGUUGUUUACAAAUACACAGCAAAGCCGUUAGUGCAGACGAUAUUCGAGGGCGGCAUGGCCACGUGCUUCGCGUACGGCCAGACCGGCUCCGGCAAGACGCACACUAUGGGUGGUGACUUUCAGGGUAAGAUGCAAGACUGCAAGAAGGGCAUAUACGCGAUGGCGGCGCGCGACGUGUUCGCGUACCUCAAGUCGCCCAAGUACAAGCCGCUCAACCUCAUCGUGUCCGCUUCCUUCUUCGAAAUAUACUCCGGGAAGGUAUUCGACCUGCUCGCGGACAAGGCGAAGCUGCGCGUGCUGGAGGACGGCAAGCAGCAGGUGCAAAUAGUCGGCCUCACCGAGAAGGUGGUGGACAAUGUUGACGAGGUGCUCAAGCUCAUACAGCACGGGAACGCCGCCAGGACUUCUGGACAGACGUCGGCGAACUCGAACUCGUCGCGGUCGCACGCCGUGUUCCAGAUCGUGGUGCGGUCGCCGGGCAUGCACCGCGUGCACGGCAAGUUCUCGCUCAUCGACCUCGCCGGCAACGAGCGCGGCGCCGACACCUCCUCCGCCAACCGCCAGACGCGUAUGGAGAGCGCGGAGAUCAACAAGUCGCUGCUGGCGCUGAAGGAGUGCAUCCGCGCGCUCGGCAUGAAGGGCAACAACCACCUGCCCUUCCGCGUCUCCAAGCUCACACAGGUUUUGCGCGACAGUUUCAUAGGCGACAAGUCGCGCACGUGCAUGAUAGCCAUGAUCUCGCCCGCCAUGUCCUCUUGCGAGCACUCGCUCAACACGCUGCGGUAUGCGGACAGAGUGAAAGAGCUGGGCACAUCGGACGGGCCGCGGCGCGGUGAGUCGCCGCUCGCUGACGUCGAGAUGGAGCCCGCCACCGACGACCUGGCGCACCUGCGCUCGCUCAACAACAAUUGCUAUCUAGCAUACCCGCAGGAGGGCGACAUGUCAGCAGAGAUGUACACGUUCCACGAGGCGAUAGACGAGCUGCAACGAGCCGAAGAGGAAGUUCUGGACAACCACAAGGCCAUCUCGGACUACCUGCAGCACGCGCUGCAGCGCUGCCAGCAGCUGCUCUCCAUCACGCGGGACGUGGACUACGAUCAGGACGCGUACGCCACGCAAUGGGAGGAGUUGCUGAACGAGCAGCUCGCCGUGCUGGCGCAGUCCCGCGACCUGGUCGCCGAGUUCCGCACCAAGAUGCAGCAGGAGGAGCACAUAUCGCGCCGCAUACAGCCGCCGAGGCACUAGCGGCUCGUUCGCUUUUCACACUGGCAACCUUCAACCGUCAACUGUCAUCUGUCAUCUGUCAGACGUCAACGACAACGGCCACAGACGAGACGCGCUCCCGCGCUUGCGAUGACGUCAGCUGUCAAACGGUUUUCGUGUACGGGCUGAAAUUUUUUGUGAUUCGAAUCUUAAAUUAUUUUUCUGUUAUUGACGGUUCAUUAUCGUUGUGAAAUCGUCGCAAGCUCGGAGAUUGCGUGUGCAGUGGAUGCGAUUUGAAACUCGGUGCGUAUUGUCAAAGCUCUCUCUUCACUUUUUGUCACAUCAUUAGAUUAUAUUUUUGUAUAUCAUUUAGAGCAUCGUACAUAUGUAGUAAAGUUCCUAUGUAUAUAACCGCUAUGUAUGCAACUGUCUUAAUUGUUUCUUAUUGUUAAAAUUUAAUGUUGUAUGUAUUAAUUUUGGUAUUCUACAAUUCGCAUCGAGUAGUUUUCGUUUGAUGAAAGUGUGAAAUAUGGCGGUGGUGGCGGUUAUGGGUCCAGUCCACAUCUAUAUGACAGUCACAGUGUUUCACAAUGCUGUCUCUUUCUGUCAAAGAGAAUUAUGAUGUAUUAAAGCGAGAAGCACUCAGCUUCGCUUCUAACCAUUGACAGAUCAUCCUCUCUCGCUCUUGUUUAUGAUACGUCUGAAUGACAAAGAAAGACAGCACUAAAGAAUAUAGCCAUAAAGAUGUGGCUCUGUGAAAUUCAAAACAGUAUUGAAAUGCUAAAACAUUGUAGCUGGCCUACGUUUCACCUCAGUCCAGAUAAACGCAAGCGUACAUCAAGAUGCCGUCGUGUCAAUAUAUAGACUGUUUAUUUUAAGAUGUGUUCUAAGCACGGACUAAGCCCGCGAUACAACUGAGGGCGUUAAACUGUAUUCUUAUAAAUAUUGUAACUAGACAAGUGUAGUUUUGUCAGUUACACAUGGAAAUAAAUGUGUUUUAAACUGAUUCAACCUGUUUGAUUUUCGUUCAACAAAAAUAUAGCAACAAUGCUUAUUGCUGUAGUUUUUUUGUUGUCUAUGAACAGUGUAAAAUGGCGCGAAAUGGCCAUUUUGAAAUUUUCUUCAAAUCUGCGAACUCACGAACGAUUUAAUCAAUUUAAAAUAUAUUUAUUCCAGUGUUUUACUAAUCGAUUAAUAAAUGUUUAGAUUGUGAUCCCACUUUGUAUUGCCAUUCGAAAAAAAAAACGAAGUAAAUAUCUAGUGUGUUUUUUUUCUUAAGAUGAUGCAUUUUACUCCGCUAAAGGCCUAAUUACAUAUUUUUUUACCGAGCGAGUACAAAUGUAAGACCUCGUAGUUCCCGUAACAAUUCAUGACGAUUUACAUUUAUUUUAUUUCCAUUUUAUUGACGUUUGGGCAAGUGCAUGCGUUCUUAAUUCGAUUGUGGUUCGUUAGACUUCUAAAAUACUCGUAUUGUUGUGAAAAUACAUAUUUCGUGUAGCAGAUAUUUAUAUGGAACAAAUUUUUUGCUGUAUACUGUGAAUUUAGAAAUGGUUUUAUAUUAGCUGGGUGAUUGGCGGAUGUUAAACAUUUUAAAAUAUGAAUUAUUUGAAACGACUGCUCAACUUUCCAAGAAAUAACGUCAAUUAUAUUGAGAAUAAAAAUACUUUAAUAAAAUAAAUAAAUUGAUUUAUAUGGCAAUUAAAAUGUCACGUUCUUUCUGUAUAUCUAUUAUCUAAUUUUGUAUUUGCUUAUCUACUUUGAUUUAUUUCAAUUUUAAAUGGUUGUCAUUAGAAAAAGACGGUAAACUGUAUUUGUUAUUCUUACUAAUACACUGGAAAUAGUU